UAGAAGCCCAAAUUUCCUUCCUUCAAGGACAAUUGAAUGACCUGGAUGCCAUGUGUAAAUACUGUGCAAAGGUGAUGGACACUCAUCUUGUAAAUAUUCAAGAUGUGAUAUUACAAGAAAAUUUGGAAAAAGAAGAUCAAAUUCUGGUUUCCCUGGCAGGAUUAAAACAGAUCAAAGACAUUCUAAAAGGUUCCCUGCGUUUUAACCAGAGCCAGCUGGAGGCUGAGGAGAAUGAGCAGAUCACCAUUGCAGAUGACCACUACUGUUCCAGCGGCCAAGGCCAGGGUCAGCACAACCAAAUGCCCAGGGCCACCAAGCAGGCCUCUUCAGAAGCACCGGGCCAUGCAGAUAGAGGGAGUUCAGACGACUUCAUCCUGAUUUCCAAAGAAGAUGAGGGAGGCAGUGUCAGGGGGCCCUUCCCCAGCCAGGCCCAGCCUCUUCGCACCUUCAGAAGCACAUCUGGGAAAGGCCAGGCCCCAGCCUGCUCCCCCCUCGUUUUCUCAGACCCCUUGAUGGGCCCCGCCUCGGCAUCCUCCAGCAACCCCAGCUCCAGCCCCGAUGAUGACAGCAGCAAGGACUCUGGCUUCACCAUCGUGAGCCCUCUGGACAUCUGACCACCGUGCCCCAGUCCUGCCUAAUGGGGACCCAGCCACCCCCACCAUUGGAGGCCUCUGAAACCAACGCUUCUUUCCCAGCAUGCAUUUGGCAUUGGUAUAGUCCUUUGGGGCCCUGACCAACCCUCACUUCACCCUGGUUCUGAGUUAGAGCUGGGUUAAGUACCCAGUGUCACACUUCCUGUGAGAAAAGACCAACCACAAUUAGAAUCGCUUUUCCUCUGUCCCCUCCUCCCCAUCUAAGGUGUGGUAACUGCAUCAAUUAUGUUUAGGAGAAGGAGGAAGAGUUGGUUUCAAAUAUUGCCUCCCUCAAAGCAUCAGGCACAGGAAAAUUGUUUGAUAUCAAGAAAACUUCCUCUGUGGAAAUCCGUGCCUCCAGCUACUUCAUUCCUACUGUGGGAAGCCAAACAGCAGAGCCAAAUGCAACAGAAUGAGCUAGAACCAGUAGAUUCCAGGAAUGCAAAAAAACCCAUUACUAACCUCUCAGAGUUACAGUGAUCUUAAUGACAGGGUCUAAACUGAGGAAUCAUAUCUAGAUAUGAUGUGCUAUGGUGUUAGAUUUUUUUGAUUUGUUAAAGAAUACAUUUUCAAUGCUCAGGCCAGAUCGACUUUAGCCAUUACUGUCUCUCUUUAAACAACUGUAUUUCACCUUUUAGAAUCUUUCACAGCCAAAAAGCAAGGUCACUUUAAGCCAGUCUUUGCUGCACUAAUUUCAAAAGUCAUAAGAAUACUACUAUCCUUCAAAUGGAAAAUGUGACUCUGACUUUGUGGGAUAAACAUCUUUAAGACUGUGGAUUUUCUGGUAAAGUUUCUUUAGUUUCAGGGCUAUAUUUACCUGUCAACUGAGGAGUAAAGGAAAAAACCCAAGCUCAUUCCCAUGCAGAGUCGGAAUCCUGGAGUGGCCUUAAGGUAGCAGUAAUAGGGAAUUAGAACUGGAGUCCCUCUUAUGGGUAGCCGGGUUUCCCAGAGAACAUUCCAAAUGCCAGGAGGAUGCAGGAUUUCUACAUAGCCCCUUCCCUUGCUGGGAGCCCACGUGUAGGAGCUGCAGGGCCUGUGCUCAGCUGUGAGCUCUGCAUCUUGGGAGCACUGUUGCCAGGACCAGGCCUGGCAUGCUGGUGCCUUCCUGGGCUUAAACACAGAAGAGAGACUCCUCCCCCUUGUCAGUGGCAGCUUAGGAAACUGACGGGCACAAGGCAUCACAUGAGCCAUUUCUCUCCUUAAAGAAGAAGAGCCCUGGGAAGGACAUCUGGCCUCCCCUUUGGCUAAGCAGGUGUUCUAGCAGGAACGGGUGGGGACAGGGGUAGACACAGGGCCCCUUCCCCUUCCUGGCUGGGCAUGGCUGGCUCUUUGGGCCUCUGCUCAGAGGAUGAUGAGGCCUCUGGGCAGUGGAAGCCUUCACAGUAACAAGUGAAAAGCUAAGUGAAGGAACAGACACCAUUAACGGCCCUCCCACUGCUGACUGUGUGUUUCUCUAUAGACAAAUGUGAUAGUGACAUAAUUUCCCACUCACUUGCCACGAAAAUGGCGACUCACUAGUCAGCUGCUGCAGAGAGUGUUCUGAUGAGCUCUGCCGCAGGGAGAUCUCUUAGCACAUCAGCGUGCGAAGUGAAUGACACCUCUGGUUUUUCCAGAUGACAGGACUGUGUGGCCUUGGACAACUGCACAUCUGCUCGGCAGGUGCGCUAAUCAGCUCUCUGUCUCCUGACUCUGAUGGCCCUCUCAGCACCUUUGAAUAAUUUGCUGCCAAAUACAUGUCCCCAUGAUGAUGAUUUGUAAGAUCCAGGGUCCCUAUACAGUGAGUGGCCUUGCAACUGUGCCAGGGUUGCCGCUGAUUACUUUCUCACAAAGAACUUGGUUUAGGGAGGUGUUGGUACUUCCAGUUCUAAGGUAAGAUAUGUGAGUCUAUCCGCACCAGGGCUCUACAGUCUAGAGAGGACAGAGACUGGAAAGAACCACAGAGCUGGCCAUCCCCUGGCAGCAGGCUACCAUUGUCUUUUCACCUCUAGCAUUUUCUUUGCCCUGAGAGCUACAGUCAUAAUAGCUGAGUGUCACUGGCCACACAACAGCAACGGGGCAUCCACCAUGCCAAUAAGGCCCUAAGCUGUUUUCCUGCCAUUGGCUAGGUGUUUAAUGGUCCCUGAAAACUCCCAGCCCUGCCUGCACACCAAGGGGUCCUCUCCAUCCUGUGCUUCUGUGUUGGUGCCACAUGAGAACCGAUGGGUCCAUUCAGAGGUGUUGCUUCUGUGGCCCCCCAACAAGCUCCCGCCCUCCUCGGAGGAAGAAACACACGAGGGGAGUGGGGCACGGGUAAUACCAGCCUCAAAUUCCCAUAGGUUCACAGAGAACACUGCAUUAGUGUCUUCUCUUCUCUAAGUGACUUUUUUUUAUUCUUCAUAGUCGAGCAUUGUUUGCAUUCCUAUUAGUUACAUACUGUUAAGGAAUAUGCGCUCCUUUUUAUUGUUUUAUCAGGUGCUUAGGUUUAAUUGCACAUUUUUUAAAUCCUGGAUAUAUGAAA